AUGCACCAAGAAAUUGAAUGGCCGGCGGAAAUUAGUCAGCUAAAAACUUCAGGAGCAAUAAAUCAUCGAAGCAAUAUAGCAUCAUUGCAUCCGCAGCUCGACGAAUAUGGGGUUAUGCGAGUAGGAGGAAGACUGGAGCACGAAGAUGAGAGACCUGAAGAGGAGAAGGUAGAAGAUACGCUGAAAAAGGAGGUCGAAGUGAACUCAACAAAGAAGUUACCAAGAUUAACAGCAAAUUCCUUUAUGAUAUGGACUAUGAUGAUAAAUCUUUGUCUGAUUAUGACGACUAAGGCCUCAUCAGUAAAAGAAUUAAAUAGUUCGACGGCAAUAUAUCUUGAUCCAAUCUCUCAAAUCCACAUGGCCUCGUCUUCAUGGAACAUGGUUGUAUAUUUUGAAAUGAAAACGUACUUAGAAACACUGGAUCUUGCAUCCACAUUGCUCAACGCCUCUAAAGAAAUAUGUCCAAGGCUCCAAACAUUUGAAGACCAGUGCUGGUCGGUAAUAAACAAUAUGGAAUAUAAAGUAAACAAAAUCAAGGCGAAUAAUCGGCUUUUCAUGAGGGAUGAUAAACGGCAAAGAAGAGGAGCCCCAUUGAAGUUCAUAGGGUCUUUUCAACAUUGGGCAUUUGGUGUGAUGGACGACGAUGAUCGUGUGGCGAUGGAAAAUAAUAUGAGAAAUCUGUUAGCCAACCAGUACGACUUAAAAGAAUUGUCAAAAAAGCAGACAUCGAUAGUUGAUUCCACGGUCAAUCUGCUAAAAAGAACAACGGAGGAAGUCAAUUCGCACUUUGUGGAGAUAAAGUGCAAAAUUGAUAACAUAACCGCCACCAUGAACGAAACUUACUUCGUUUAUAGAGAAUCUAUUCGUUUCUUUAUUAUAACUAAAGAAAUCCAUGAAUACAUAGACGAAUGUGACGAUGUGCUAAAGGAAGUCAUUAACCUGUUACUGGACAUUAAUAAUGGUCAUAUACACCCUGUGCUCAUCAGUCCGGAGAAAUUGCAGUCGGAAAUAUUUAAAAUUCGAAAUGAGCUACCCACGAAAUAUGUUUUACCCGGAAAAUCUUCUGGUACAGAACUUAAGGAGGUUUUACAUUUGAUGAGGGGACGUGGAAUGUACAUCGGCACACAAUUGGUGAUCGACUUGAAGAUACCUCUCUUUCAACAGACAGUCGUCGCAGUUCUAUAGAGUAAUCCCGAUUCCAUUUGAACAUGACGGUGCGGUAUUGAUAGCAAGGAUAAGGUCGCCAUACAUCGUGUACAAUUUUGAAUUGGAUUCGUUCCACUAUCUGACACAAGUCAUGUUGAACGAAUGUAAAAACACAUUGGGAGAUGAAAUUGUAUGCGAAGAAAAUUUUCCCUGGCGAGAUGCGUCGACCAACAAUUGCGAACUGUCACCCCUGAGGCCGCGCAUCGAGAUAAACUGCACGUACGAUGAAGUUGAAAACAGUCCCUAUUGGAUACAGCUGAGGCAAAAGGGAAAUUGGCUUUUUAAGACGUUUAAGAAUGCAACGGCUCAUAUUAAGUGUUCCGAAAAGCAGCAAUCCAUCAUAGAACUUCCACAACAAGGACGUCAGUGAAGCCGACAAAGAAGCCAUAAAACCCCUUGGAAACGUAUUGGUGAAACAUCACAAUGAGAUCAGCCAGCUAAAGACGCUCGUGGACGAUUUGAAGAAGCAGAAACUAAAUUUAAGAGGUUUAGAAUUUCAUAAUUGGUCUGGUCACAUGUCAUUUAUUUUAGUUACCAUAGUAGUUAUAAUGUUGCUAACUCAGUUUAUAAGGAAAAUUAUAAUAAGGAGACGGAUAGCAGCAAUUCAGUUCCAAGGAAGGCCGAAUGUUUAAUAAAGUAUCUGCCGGCCGGGAGAAUGUUCAUAAAAAUAUGAACAUGAAUCUUUCUUUUAUCUUGUCUAGCUUAGAAGAAGUAAUAAAAUAAUUAAGUGUCUUAGAUAAUAAAUUGUAAUGUAGAUCUGUCAUAAAUGUUAUUGCUUAUUUGCUAUGAAUUUUAUGUACUUAAGAUAGAAUUUUCAAUGUUAUCAAUUUCCAAGAAGUCAUUAAAUCCAUAUGUGAGUUUCCCAGCCAUUAAAUCCAUAUGUGAGUUUCCCAGCCAUUAAAUCCAUAUGUGUAAUCUUCAUUGAUCAUGUACACUGGUGCAUACGAUAAGUUUUAUGAUAAUAAAGGUUGUGACCCACGCACGCACUUAUCUAUGCACACAGUAGGUAGAGAAGGUCACUGGAUUAAGAAGGAAGAGAUAAGAAUUAUUAUUAGGUUGCAUUAGGCUAAGCUCGAAUAACAUAUGUAGCUCUUAAGGACAAUAUUUUUUAAAUAAAAUUAGUACUCAACCAACAUCCAA